UGCGCGCGCGUGCCCGUACGCGUGUUCGCAAAAAAACACACCAACCGAAGACCGCUCACGUGACCACAAACGGCGAGUCGCGAUUGGCCGGCCGCACGGGAGGGCGUGGCCGACGGUGGCGGCGUGCGUUUGCCUGUGUGACACAAUUACAACAACUUUGAGCCGAUGGUCGGGGAAGUUUGCGAUUUUCUCCAAACAGCACUCACUCUCAAAACCCAAAUAUACAUCAACUUCAUGCACAAAGCAGCACCGGAGCGCGCGCUGAGUUUGGCUGUACAAUGAGGAGUGUGGAAGGUAACUUGAAGGGAGCGUUUCCUUGAGGAUUUCGGAGGAGAAUUCCGUUCUAACCCUGGAUAGGCGUGUGCGGACACUUCGGCCCGUUUCUUGCGUUUCGCUUCCGCGGAUCUUUCCCCAUGAAAUCGUGCGGUGUGUCGCUCCCCGCCGCUGCCUCCGCCGCUGCCCGGAGUCUCGGUAAUGACGAGGAGAAAAUGGCGUCGGCGAAAGCGACCGAAAUCGAGGAGGACUUUCCGAAGCUAACAGCGCAGGAGAAAGAGAGCCUGGGCGGAAUGGACAGUUCACUGUUUGGAUUUCACAGGCUUCAAGAAGAUGGCGCCAGAACGAAGGCCUUGCUGUUAAAGGCUGUGAGCUGCUAUGACGCCCUCAUCCUGAAGGCAGAGGGCAAAGUGGACGCUGAUUUCUGCCAGCUCGGCCACUUCAACCUCCUCCUGGAAGAUUAUUCGAAAGCAUUAUCUGCAUACCAGAGGUACUUCAGUUUACAGUCGGACUACUGGAAGAAUGCUGCCUUUUUGUAUGGCCUUGGCAUGGUUUACUUCCAUUUCAACGCAUUUCAGUGGGCAAUCAAAGCAUUCCAGGAGGUGCUCUACAUCGACCCCGGUUUCUCCAGAGCGAAAGAGAUCCAUCUGAGACUGGGCCUCAUGUUUAAAGUCAACACAGACUACGAGUCGAGCUUGAAGCAUUUUCAGCUGGCUUUGAUCGACUCCAAUCUCUGCACUUUGUCCAAAGCUGAAAUUCAGUUCCACAUCGCUCAUUUGUAUGAGAUCCAGAGCCAACACAAAGCGGCGAAGGAAGCGUAUGAGAAGCUGCUGCAGACGGAAAACCUCCCUGCGCAGGUGAAGGCCACCACUCUGCAACAGCUGGGCUGGAUGCAUCACACCGUGGAGCAGCUGGGCGAUAAAGGCUCCAAGGACAGCGCCAUCCAGUGUCUGCAGAAGUCUUUAGAGGCGGACCCCAACUCCGGCCAGUCCUGGUAUUUCCUCGGCAGGUGCUACUCCAGUAUCGGGAAGGUGCAGGAUGCCUUCAUCUCCUACCGUCAGUCCAUCGACAAGUCCGAGGCCAGCGCCGACACCUGGUGCUCCAUAGGGUGCCUGUACCAGCAGCAGAACCAGCCCAUGGACGCCCUGCAGGCCUACAUCUGCGCCGUGCAGCUGGACCACAGCCACGCCGCCGCCUGGAUGGACCUGGGCACGCUGUACGAGUCCUGCGGCCAGCCGCACGACGCCAUCAAGUGCUACAUCAACGCCACGCGCAGCAAGGCCUGCCUCAACAUGGCGGCGCUCACGCAGCGCAUCAAGCUGCUGCAGGCUCAGUUGUGUAACCUUCAGCCAGGUAGCCUGCAGAGUAAGAAAAUGCUUCCUAGUAUUGAGGAGGCGUGGAGCCUCCCCAUCCCCGCUGAGCUCACGUCACGGCAGGGGGCCUUGAACACAGCACAGGCGCAGCAGGCGUGUAAAGGGGAGGCGGCUCCGCCCGCCGCCGGCCACCCGGACCCGCAGGCCAGCCGGCAGGCCAAGAGGAAACGCACCGCCAGCCCGGCCAAGGGAGCGCCGGACUGUCCCAAGCAGCCCGUCCCCAGCUGGUACCUGACGCCCCAGAAGCUCCAGCACCUGGAACACCUGCGGACCAACCGAGCCAACCUCAAGCCCCCCCAGCUGCAGACGCUGGAGCAGCUGGAGGGCCAGCUCUCCCUGAUGCAGCAGCAACCAGCAAUGCGUCAGCAGGCGGCGGCGCGGCGGGCGGCCAGCCGCGGGCCCGGCCUCCCCAACGGCCCCCUGGCCGACCCCCGCCCCCCACCCCUCCCCCUCCCCCCGGCCCACGGCCAAACGGGUCGUGCUCUCCAGCCCGCGGCCGGGCAGCUGCCGGGAGACCGCCGGACCGGAACCACGCCCCGGAGGCGGGCGGCGGCGCGGUGCGAGCAACGGAACGUGCCUUACCCGCAGCAGAACUCUCUACCUCACCACUGCUCGGCCGCCGGCCAGCCAGCACCAGCCAGCGCCACCAGCAGCCCGGCGCGCACCGACGAGGCCUGGAGGGGGCAGCAGCAGCCGCAGCGCGGCGCCGCCACUCAGGGGCUUCCGAAGGUUCCGGGUUCCCAUUCGCGGGGUCCUAAUGGAGAACACCCCCUGUCCUCGUCCUCGCCGUCCUUCCCCUCGUCCGGCGCUCUGAACCAGGCGGCUCAUUCCUGCAGCUCGUCCUCCGCCUCCUCGCUGUCGCCCCGCCUCGCGCAGACCACGCCCAGCCUGUCCUCGCCCCCCCACGCCGCCACUACCUCAGGGGUCCACACCAAAGACAGCACGCCAUCGGGUCCCGCCGGCCCCGCCCCCGCACGGGAUUGGACUAAUCACGUCCAGCCGCGGGUGGCGGACGGCGCCGCCGCCGGCUCCCCCGCCGCCGUCACUCUCAGUUCAGACAAUCCUCAGCUCUCAGCCUUGCUAAAGGGAAAAGCCAAUGCUACCAGUAACCACGGCGACAGUAACCACGGCGACCCCGCGGGGGCUUCUUCGUCGAGAAGCUCAACAGCGUCCACCCGGGCGGUCCACGCCGAGCACUCGGCGGCGUCCUCGCCGCUGUCGGCCCGGUGCCGCCGCCGGCCCACGCCCUCCCCGAGCCCGGCGGAUCCUCACGCCGCCGCCAACAGCCUCUCCUGCCUUAACAGCCCCUCCGGCGGCGCCGGGGGCCCACGCUGACGGGAAGAGCCCCGCCGGCCCCCAGAGUCCGCCGCCGCCGCCGGGGCCCCAGCAGCGCUCGGCGUGCGCCGGUCUGGCCCCUGGUCCUCCGUCUCCAUCUACCCCAGCUCCGGCGAGGUGCUGAAGGCCUGCAGGAACCUGGGGAAGAACGGUUUGUCCACCAGCAGCAUCCUGCUGGACCGCUGCCCGCCGCCUGGCCCCCCCGGCCCCCCUCCCCCCCCGCUGCCAAAGGACAAGCUCAACCCGCCCACGCCCAGCAUCUACCUGGAAAACAAGAGGGACGCGUUCUUCCCCCCCCUCCACCAGUUCUGCACCAACGCCGCCAACCCGGUCACCGUCAUCCGAGGGCUGGCCGGGGCGCUCAAGCUGGACCUGGGGCUGUUCUCCACCAAGACGGUGGAGGCCAACCCGGACCACCUGGUGGAGGUCCGGACCCAGCUGGCUCAGCCCACCGACGAGAACUGGGACCCGAGCGGCAGCAGGAAGAUGUGGCGCUGCGAGAGCAGCCGCUCGCACACCACCAUCGUCAAGUACGCCCAGUACCAGGCCUCGUCCUUCCAGGAGUCCCUGAGGGAGGAGAACGAGAAGAAGAAGGAGGCGGAGGCCGAGGCAGGAUCCUCAGACAGCCUGCUGAGACGGCGGAAAGGUCCCUUCAAGCACAUCAAGUUCGGCACCAACAUCGACCUGUCGGACGAGAAGAAGUGGAAGCUGCAGCUGCAGGAGCUGAGCAAGCUGCCGGCGUUCGCCCGGGUGGUGUCUGCCGGGAACCUGCUGAGCCACGUGGGCCACACCAUCCUGGGCAUGAACACGGUGCAGCUGUACAUGAAGGUCCCAGGCAGCAGGACGCCAGGCCACCAGGAGAACAACAACUUCUGCUCGGUGAACAUCAACAUCGGCCCGGGGGACUGCGAGUGGUUCGCCGUGCCCGAGCCGUACUGGGGCGUCAUCAACGACUUCUGUGAAAGGAACAACAUCAACUUCCUGAUGGGGUCCUGGUGGCCCAACCUGGAGGACCUGUACGAGACCAACGUGCCUGUUUACCGCUUCAUCCAGCGGCCCGGGGACCUGGUGUGGCUCAACACGGGGACCAUCCACUGGGUUCAGGCCAUCGGCUGGUGCAACAACAUCGCCUGGAACGUCGGGCCGCUCACCGCUCAUCAGUACAAGUUAGCAGUGGAGCGCUACGAGUGGAACAAGCUGCAGAGCGUCAAGUCCAUCGUACCCAUGAUCCACCUGUCCUGGAACAUGGCGAGGAACAUCAAGGUCUCGGACCACAAGCUCUUCGAGAUGAUCAAGUACUGCCUGCUGCGGACCCUGAAGCAGUGCCAGAUGCAGCGGGAGCUGCUGCUCUCGGCGGGGAAGGAGCUGGUCUGGCACGGCAGGAGCCAGAACGAACCGGCGCACUACUGCAGCAUCUGUGAGGUGGAAGUGUUCGACCUGCUGUUCGUCACCAGCGAGAGCAACAGCCGCAAGACGUACGUGGUGCACUGCCAGGACUGCGCCCGCAGGGGGAGCCCCGACCUGGACAACCUGGUGGUGCUGGAGCAGUACAAGAUGGAGGACCUGAUGCAGGUCUACGACCAGUUCACCCUGGCCAGUCCUCUGCCGUCCUCCUCCUGAUGGCGCCGACACUUGGUCCACCUGAGAACCACGACAGGAAACAGGAAGCUGUCCCCAGGCUUGUUUUAAACCAAGAAAUGAAACGUUUCUGAUAUUCAGGAAGAAAUAAAGCCGUCAGUCCUCAAACUGAGCUGUGCGUCUAUGCAACCAACCCACCGGGCUGCAGCGCCCCCUGCUGGGCCGGAGGGGGGGCUGCAGCUCAUUGCUCCCCCCGGAGGCCUGGAGGGGGGCUGCAGCUCAUCGGCCCUCCCCCCUGCAGCUGCAGCUCGUCGUCCCGACUGUUUGAGCGCCACCCUCCACACAGUUACAUCAAGUUUUGUACAUAUUUGGUUUGAGCUGAUGAAGACUACUGACCCGGAUCCUUUCUUCCUCCAGUUCUCUUUUCUUUUUUUCUUUUUUUCCUCUUCUCCCUUCAUCUGUUUGACACAAACGCUUCGUUCCUCCUCCUCCACAGAGAAUUAGCAUAGCAGGUUUUUUUGUACGUCAGGAAAAGCAGAGAAAACUCUUCUGCUGUGUAAAGAAAGGAGGAAGCAGCGACGUUCUCGUUCUCGUUCUCGGGCUGGUUUUCUUUCAGUUCCACAAACGGCCACGUGAGAGAAAAUGGGUUGCACAUAGACCGAAUGAACUUUAAUUUGUGUGUGUGUGUUUUUUAUUUGGAUGUAAAUUUACACUAUUUAUAAAAUGCAUAUUUAUUGCUUGGAGAUAUUUGUUGAUGGAAUGCUGUAA